GGAUCACUUCCGGUUUUGCAACCCCGGGAAUCGGCGGCGUCGAUCGGCCCUUUAAGGCCUUAUUCCGAAGCUCCGCCUUCGCUUGGGUCUUUCUAGAAAGGCAGCUUUGGUCUGGACCGAGCGGGACAGGUAUUAUCCGGCCGCGGUAGGGGGACUUCUGCGGCCGUGUGCUGCACGGGGCUGGGAAGGUCCAUUCCUCUGGGGGUUUGGGGUUCCAGCCGGCUCGGGAAACAGGUCGGAGGGUUGUCGCCUGGCACUGACGUUUUCCUCUUCUUUGCUGUCGCAGCGUCCCGGGCUCCUGUGUGUCUUCCAUGGCAGAUACGACCCCGAACGGCCCCCAAGGGGCGGGCGCUGUGCAAUUUAUGAUGACCAAUAAGCUGGACACAGCGAUGUGGCUGUCUCGCCUGUUCACAGUUUAUUGCUCUGCUUUGUUCGUUCUGCCUCUUCUUGGGUUGCAUGAAGCAGCAAGCUUUUACCAGCGUGCUUUGCUGGCCAAUGCCCUGACCAGCGCUCUGAGGCUGCAUCAGAGAUUACCACACUUCCAAUUGAGCAGAGCAUUCCUGGCGCAGGCCUUGUUAGAGGACAGCUGCCACUACCUGCUGUACUCCCUCAUCUUCGUCAACUCCUACCCAGUUACAAUGAGUAUUUUUCCAGUCUUGUUAUUUUCAUUGCUUCAUGCUGCCACAUACACUAAGAAGGUCCUGGAUGCAAAGGGUUCAAAUAGUUUACCUCUGUUGAGAUCCGUCUUGGAUAAAUUAAGUACUAACCAACAAAAUAUUCUGAAGUUCAUCGCUUGUAACGAAAUAUUCUUGAUGCCCGCUACAGUUUUUAUGCUCUUUAGUGGUCAAGGAAGUUUGCUUCAGCCUUUUAUAUAUUAUAGAUUUCUAACUCUUCGAUAUUCCUCUAGAAGAAAUCCCUAUUGUCGGAACUUGUUUAACGAACUGAGGAUUGUUGUUGAACACAUUAUCAUGAAACCCUCCUGCCCGCUGUUUGUGAGAAGACUGUGUCUCCAGAGCAUUGCCUUUAUUAGCCGACUGGCACCAACAGCUUGAAAUUUCCUAGCCAUGUGCAGCAGCAGUUCAGAGGCCUUUGAAAGGAUAUGAUUGAAGACAGCAUGUGAUUACACUUGUAUGUUCUGAAAUAAUGAAGAAUAUUCUGUAGAUUACAUAUUUAUCCAGCAGAUAUGAUUCAGAGGGUUUAAUGGAGAGGGUUAUGGGUAAGGUAAUUAAUGGGGAAUGGGCCUGGGGAGUAGUUGAGGGGAGUAAUGGGUGUUUGCAUAGAUGAGUUGGGGGACUGAAUGUAUAAUGCAUCUGUGAUUGAGACUGUAUAACAUGUUCAAUUCUCUUAAUUGAGUUCCCAUCUAUCCCUUUAUAAAAGUCAUUCUGAUCCUUAUUACUUACUGUUGCAUGAUUGGAAGUACUUAAAACACUACACAAUUUUAGUAUACAGUAAUGUAAUGUGGCUUUUUUUUGUACCCAGUUCUAUCUGCAUGUAAUUUGGAUUUUUCAAAUACAUUCAUUAGUAACUUAUAAUAUCAGUUUUCUUUGUGUUUAAGUUCCUAAUCUACAGAAAGGUGAUAGUCUUGGAGUAGAUUUCCAGAAAAUACUACUUGAUAGCUUAGCUUUAACCAGCUACUUUUAUAUUUUUGUAAUAUUUGUCCACCAAGUUGGAGAAGCAACCUCAUAAUAUCCAGUUGAUUUUUUUUAUGUGUGCCUAGCCUCCUUAUCACUAUGUAAUCUGAUGGUUUUAAAAAUACAACUUUGUAGAGCAAUAAAGUGUCUAUCUUGUUAUGUAAACAUACUGAUUUCUAAUGAUGUUUUAAAACAUUGUCUGGAAUGACAUCGAGUUAUGGCAGCUAAAGGGAUAUUUAUUUUGAAAUGUUUUUUCUCCUACAUUUUUUUCCCCUAAUCUUGGAACAUUUUAGAUUUACAACAGCUUCUAAAACAGUACUGAGAGUGCCUGUGUCCCUCUUUCUUUCCUAUUUUUAUAUUAGUAUCUUUUAAUUGGUGGGACAUAUAUGCAAAGAAAGAUAUUAACCUCGGAUUAACUAAAGUACAGAAUGUAUUUGUAUUUCACCAAUUUUUCCAUUUGUGUUGUACGUGUGCUGUAUUUAUACCUGGAUUGCCUUUAAGUUUCAAGGCCUAUCAGUGAGUUUGUUCUUUAUGAUAAUUGAUCCAAAAGUUUCCCUUAGAAGAGCUAAUAAUGCUGAGUUUAACAAGAAUUUUUUUCUUAAAACUGUAAUUUCAAAUGUUUAGUGAUAUAAUCAAGACUCUUUAAUGAUAUUGCAGAAUUUCAUAACUUGUACUUGAAUGGAGAUGUAGAUUUGUUUCUUAAGGAAAGGUACAGUAUAUAAAUAAUAUUCUCAUGAAAUAUAAAUAAUAUUGCCCAUGAAAAGGCAAAUUUUAUAAUUUGAACAUUGCUAGAUGUUAGUUUGCAUGAAGUUGUAGUUAGAAAUCUUACCUUCUGUGAAUAUGUACAGUCAGCUGAUCUGGAGUCUGCAGUUAGUGUUUCCAUGUACACCUAUCAAAACCAGGACAUAGAAUAGUGCAUAAAGUGUGUGUAAUGAAGGAAUUUAACACUGCAUAGCUAUGCAGUUUAAAGGAAGUUGAUUUACCGUGUAGAACAUCUAGUGCUUUAGAAACUGGACUAAAUAGUGCUUUUGGUUUUAAA